AUGAGUAUCGAAUCUCAAUUAUGCAUUACCGUAAUUCUAAUAUCAAUUCCAAUAGCAGGUAUACUAUUAAGACUAAUAUAUAUCUUACCAUUCACAACUCAAACUAAAUCAAUAAAUAAUUUUAAAUCAAUCAAGCACCUAAAAAAUAAACAUAUUUCAAUAUUUUUAGGAUCUGGAGGUCAUACAGGAGAAAUGUUAAAACUAACUUCAAAAUUAGAUUUAAAUGAUAUAAAAACUACUUGGAUAUAUUCUAAGGGUGAUAUAGCAACAUUAAAUCAAAUCAAACAGAAAGGAUUUGCCAACACCAAAUCAAUACAUAGAGCUAAAAAUGUUGGAGAUUCAAUACCAAAAGCUAUAUUCAAUUCCAUUUACUCAAUCAUUGAUGCUUUUAUUACGUUAUACAAUGUCAAAAGCGAUCUUAUAAUAAUGAACGGUCCGGGAACUUCUUUCAUAUUAGCAUUUGCAAUAUUUAUAAUGAAAUUUUUUGGUUUAAAUUCAACAAAAAUUAUAUAUAUUGAAAGUUUAGCAAGAAGUAAAAAAUUAAGUCUUACUGGAAGAUUAAUUUUACCUAUUUCUGAUAGAUUUAUUGUUCAAUGGGAAAAUCUAGCUAAUCAAUAUAAUAGAGUAGAAUAUUACGGAAUACUAUUGUAA